AUGGCCAAAAGUCAGACCCCAGCCGUCGGUAUUGAUCUGGGGACGACUUAUUCCUGCGUAGGAGUUUUCCAGCAUGGCAAGGUUGACAUUAUAGCAAAUGAUCAGGGAAACAGGACGACUCCAAGUUAUGUUGCCUUCACCGAUACCGAAAGGUUGAUCGGUGAUGCUGCCAAAAACCAAGUUGCUAUAAAUCCUACGAACACCAUUUUUGACGCCAAACGUUUAAUUGGUCGCCGUUACGAUGAUGCCUCAGUUCAAAGCGAUAUGAAACUUUGGCCUUUCGCGGUGGUAAAUGACAAAGGAAAACCUAAAAUAAAGGUAACUUAUAAAAAUGAAGUCAAGACAUUUUUUCCUGAAGAAGUUUCAUCAAUGGUUUUGGCUAAAAUGAAGGAGACGGCUGAAGGGUAUUUAGGAGUUGUGGUAAGCAAUGCGGUAAUAACAGUUCCGGCUUAUUUCAACGAUUCCCAAAGACAGGCGACAAAAGAUGCAGGAGCUAUUUCGGGCUUGAACGUUUUGCGAAUAAUCAACGAACCUACUGCUGCAGCAAUUGCUUACGGAUUGGACAAAAAAGGUAGCGGUGAAAUAAACGUCCUUAUUUUCGAUCUUGGCGGUGGCACGUUCGAUGUAUCAAUUCUCACUAUCGAAGAUGGCAUAUUUGAGGUAAAGUCCACGGCAGGAGAUACCCACCUGGGCGGUGAAGAUUUUGACAGUCGUAUGGUUAAUUAUUUUGCACAAGAGUUUCUGAAAAAAUACAAAAAAAAUAUUAUAGAAAACAAAAGAUCUAUUAGGCGGCUCAGGACAGCUUGCGAAAGAGCAAAACGGACUCUGUCCUCUGCCACACAGGCCAAUGUUGAAAUAGAUUCGUUAUUUGAGGGUAUCGACUUCUACACAGUCAUUACUCGUGCAAGAUUCGAGGAACUGAACGCGGAUUUGUUCAGAAAAACGAUGGAACCUGUGGAAAAGGCACUUCGAGAUGCCGGAAUGGAUAGAUCGAAAAUACAUGAAGUCGUUUUGGUCGGUGGUUCCACACGUAUUCCUCGUGUUCAGAAAUUAUUGCAAGAUUUUUUCGCCGGAAAAGAAUUGAAUAAAUCUAUAAACCCAGAUGAAGCAGUAGCUUAUGGUGCUGCUGUACAAGCAGCUAUUUUACAUGGAGAUACUUCCGAAACGGUGCGAGAUCUUCUACUUUUGGACGUAACGCCAUUAUCCUUGGGCAUAGAAACUGCAGGUGGUAUAAUGAGCGUCUUGAUAAAACGCAACACCACGAUUCCUACCAAGCAAACCCAAACCUUUACGACUUAUGCAGAUAAUCAACCAGGCGUACUGAUCCAGGUUUAUGAAGGAGAAAGGGCCAUGACGAAAGAUAACAAUAUUUUGGGGAAAUUUGAACUAUCUGGGAUUCCGCCGGCACCUCGAGGAAUACCACAAGUGGAAGUUACCUUCGAUAUCGACGCCAAUGGUAUUCUGAAUGUUACGGGUAAAGAAAAAUCAACUGGAAAACAAAGUAAAAUCACAAUCACCAAUGAUAAAGGCCGUUUGAGCAAAGAAGACAUUGAAAGAAUGAUAAGCGAAGCAGAAAAAUUCAAAGAUCAGGACGAGCUCCAACGUGAUACAAUUGCUGCCAAAAACACCUUGGAAUCUUACUGUUUCAACAUGAAGAACACCGUCGCAGACGAUGGGGCAACUGCUGACAAAUUAACAAAGGAUGAAAAACAAAAUAUUUUGCACAAAUGUGAGGAGACCAUCCAAUGGUUGGACGCCCAUGCCCGUGCCACAAAAGGAGAAUACGAGGCCAAAUUGAAAGAAUUGGAAAAAAUAUGUGGACCAGCCCUUACCAAAUUGUACGGAACCAGUUCUAUGCCUGGUGUCAACAUACCAGCUGCAGGAGGACCCACAGUCGAGGAGGUCGACUAA